AUGGAUGGAGAUGCUGAAAAGACAUAUGAAUUAGUAUUUAAUGAUUUUAUUCCAUUAUCAUUUCGAGUAACUUUUACUAUUCAAUUAGGAUUAUUAUUAUGGUUAUUAUUGAAUUUGAUCUUGUUUAAUUUCACCAAGAUAAAUUUAUUAAACUUGUUAAAUUUAUCAUAUAGUCCUCAUAAUUAUACUCAAUUAGAUAAUACUAAUAAUAAUUUAUCAAGUGGGGAAUUUUCUACUACAAUCCCAGCUGAAUUUAAUGAAAAUCAAAGAUUAAUUAAAGGUAUUUGGAGACUUUUCAAAGUUGUUUCCAUUGUUAAUAUUGUUUGUUGGAUAAGUUAUAGAAUAAUUGAUGGAAAUGACUUGUUAAAGAGUUUAUAUUAUACUUUACCUUUGAUAUCUUUGGGGUUUAGUGUAUAUAAAAUGUUUUAUAAGUCAGCUCAGUCAUCAGGACAAUUUAGAGUAUUUACUACAAUCAAGAGGAUAUUAAAAGGAAAUAUUAAUAGUAUAUCUAUGAGAACUAAUGAUAUAUUGAUAAGUGAUAGUUUAGUUUCUUAUUCAAAAGUUUUGAAUGAUUUAGGGUUGGUUUUUUGGAACUAUUGGUUUACUACUGAUGUGGCAUAUAAUUAUAAAUUGGAAUUUAUGAUCUUGUGCAUUCCUACAUGUAUUAGAAUUAAACAAUGUUGGUUUGAAUAUAGAUCAACAGGUCAAAAACAACAUUUACUAAAUUUGAUUAAAUAUUCAACUGGGUUUGGUCCUUUGUUAGUCAAUGUAUUUAUUAAAAGAACAUUAUUGAAUGCUAGUGAUGAGGAAAAAUCAAGUGGUUCUUUAUUAUUUAAAUUAAAUAGUUUAAAUAAUUGGUGGUAUUUGGCACUGGCAUUAAAUUCUACCUAUUCAUUUAUUUGGGAUAUUAAAAUGGAUUGGAAUUUGGGAUUAUUCAAUGGUUUAUUUGAAUGGAAAAGUUCAUUCUACAAAUUUCAUAUUCUUCGAAAUCAAUUGACAUAUCCAAGAAUUAUCUACUAUUUGGCAAUUAUCAUUGAUUUCUUUUUACGAUUCAUAUGGGUGUUGAAAUUUUUUAUAAUUAAUGAAGAACUUCAAGCUGAUCAUAUUAAGUUUAUCCAUAUUUUCUCGACAUUUUUAUUCGGUUAUGAUGCUUACUCCUUUGGUUAUGCAUUACUUGAAUUACUUGAAAUUCAAAGACGUUGGAUAUGGUGUUUCUUAAAAUUAGAAUCAGAUUGGGUUAAAUUACAAAAACAACAAUCAGAACAAAUCGAAUUAGAAGACAUUCUCACAAAACAAGGAUAA